UAUUGAUCCACAAACUAUUAAAACCAUUUUAGACAAAGGGAAUCCCCAUUAUGUUUGUGGGUCUUGAGUGCUUGUUAAACCUUACCAAAAAAAGUCAAAGGUUAUUGAAAGGAAAUAUGCUGAUAGAAUUCAACACUCUAUGUGUUACUCACCUCACCACAUAGACAUGGAUUCUGAAAUGAACUCAAUUCCAAGAAGUUGUGCGAAUGCUAGAUCUCUUAGGAGACAACUGAUGGAAGAGCAAGAGCAGGCUUUAGAACUAGUAGAAAUGUAAAGGAGACGUUUGGUAGCGUUGCAAUUUGCCCAAAAUUUUCUGUCUACUUCACCCCAUUUUCGCUUCUCCACGAAUGGAACGAGAGUUUCAGAAGAACCCAAGUAAAACGGGACUGGAGUCUGGAGACCUUUCAUUAGUAUGGGGGGUGUUGGAAACAGAGGACUAUUUCCGCAGAGUUAGCAAACUCCCUCAAACUUAGACAACAGCGAAAGUGCGAAACACUAAAAUGUUGUCAUCCUCAACCUCAAGGAUCACUUUCAUUUCUAGGUAUUCUCUUCUCCAAAUCCCUAAUUUUGUUUCCUUCCCGUCCUCUUCAUCCCUUCACUCUCAUUCUGAGCCCCCAUGCCUUCGUGAAGUUGAUGAAGCUGUUGAUUCCUUCACUCGCAUGCUCUCUAUGCGUCGCCCUCCAUCCAUCAUUCAAUUCACCAAGAUUUUGGGAUCUCUUGCCAAGACCAACCAUUUCUCCACCGCCAUUUCCCUUUUUCAGCAAUUGCAAGCCAGGGGAAUCGCUCCCGACUUAUUUACUUUGAGCAUCGUAAUUAAUUGUUGUUGCGGCAUGGGUCGUAUGACGCUUGCUUUCUCUGUAUUGGCCAAGAUUUUCAGAAUGGAUUAUCAACCUGAUACGGUAACAUUGAAUACACUCGUUAAAGGCCUCUUUCUCUGUGGUAGUGUUGAAAAAGCAGUGAGCUUUCAUGAUAGAGUGCUGGCUCAUGGAUUUCAGUUUAAUCAAGUCACUUAUGGGACCUUGAUCAAUGGGCUGUGUAAGACCGGACACACGUCAGCUGCUAUUCAAGUGUUGAGAAAGAUCCCACGGUAUGGCAUUGCUCCUAAUGUCUUCAUGUACAACGCAAUUAUUGAUAGCCUCUGCAAGGAUACACUUGUAAGUCAGGCUUUUCAAUUAUUUUCUGAAAUGCUUGCUAAGGGAAUUUCUCCUAAUGUUAUCACAUACAGUUCUCUCAUUUUUGGAUUGUGUCUUAUGGGUCAAUAUAAGGAAGCCAUUGAUUUGUUAAGUGAUAUGGUGCUUAGAAACAUUACUCCUAAUGUUUAUACCUAUAAUACUUUGGUUGAUGGGCUAUGCAAGGAAGGAAAGAUCAAAGAUGCUAAGAGUGUAUUGGCUGUAAUGGCAAAACAUGGUGUGAAACUAGAUGUGGUUACUUAUAACAGCUUAAUGGAUGGAUAUUGUUUGGUUAAUCAGGUAAAUAGGGCAAAAUAUAUAUUCAACACAAUGGCCCAAAUUAGAGUGUUGCCCAAUGUUCGAAGUUACAGUAUCAUGAUUAAUGGCUUCUGCAAAAGUAAAAUGGUCGAUGAAGCCUUGAAUCUCUUUGAAGAAAUGCAUCGCAAGAACUUGGUUCCAGGCACGGUAACUUACAGCACUCUUAUUGAUGGCUUGAGCAAAUCAAAGAGAAUCUCCCGUGCUUUGGAGCUUCUUAUCGAGAUGCAUCAUAGAGGUCAACCCGCUAAUGUAGUCACUUACAGUUCAUUGUUGGAUGGGAUGUUCAAAAACCAACAACCUAACGAGGCAUUUAUGUUAUUCAAUCAAAUGAAAGAGUGUGCCAUUGAUACAGAUAUAUUCACUUACAAUAUACUUAUAGAUGGCCUAUGCAAAGGUGGAAGACUUAUAGAUGCAAAAGAGAUUUUUCAAGAUCUUUCCGUUAAAGGCUAUCCUCCAAAUGUGAGGACAUACAAUAUUAUGAUCAAUGGGCUCUGCAAAGAGGGCUUGUUUGAAGAAGCAUUGGCACUCUUGUCAAAAAUGGAAGGCAAUGGUUGCUUACCAGAUGCUGUGACUUUUGAAACUAUUAUUCGUGCUUUGUUUGAAAAAGAUGAGAAUGACAUGGCGGAGAAACUUCUUCGGGAAAUGGUUGCUAGAGGCUUAUUGAAUUGAUAAAAGAAAGUAAGAUACAAUUAGU